AUGCGUGAGUUCUUUUUCGUGUGGCUCGAUCUGGAACUGCCACCUAGCACUCCCACUCAGGAGCUUCAAAAUGAGCCCUGGUAUCACGGUUCACUUCCACUCGAGGAUAUUGCGGCUCUCGUUGCGGACCAAGGAGAUUUUCUGAUACGAGAACUCGAACCUGAAGAAGGAAGAGGUCCAAUGCCAUGUUUAACCGUUCGUCUCAAGGGACAGUUGAGAGACUACCCAAUUCAUACAGUCCAGUUAGCGGAUGCUUUAGCAUUCACUAUUGAUGGUACAAACAAAGGAAGAACAGUUGUUGGCCUUAUUCAAAAACACUAUGAACAGAAAGUACCGCUACCGGAUGAGGCAUUACUAGUGAAACCUAUACCAAAACAACCUUGGGAAUUAACAAAGGACAAAAUCCAAUUACUUUCGAAACUUGGGGAAGGUGCAUUCGGAGAAGUAUGGCGGGGAACAUUUCGGAAAUCAGCAACACAAUCAAUACCAGCAGCAAUUAAAGUGUCAAUGAGAACACUUUGA